AUGGCCCCCAGGGACAGCGCGGAGCCUCAGCCUCCGCCACCUUCUCAGGGCUGGGUGUGGCCUGGAAAGAUAGUGGCCAUGGCGAUGGGUGCCCUGGCAGGCUUCUGGGUCCUCAGCCUACUCACCUAUGGCUACCUGUGCUGGGGCCAGGGCUUAGAAGAGGAGGGGCCCCUGGGAGCUCAAGCCGAAGAGAGACCUGAAGCAGGCUCCCCGGGCACCGCCCAGCCCCAUCUCAUUUUCAUCUUAGCUGAUGAUCAGGGAUUUAGAGACGUGGGUUACCACGGAUCUGAGAUAAAGACGCCCACUCUUGACAAACUCGCUUCGGAAGGAGUUAAACUAGAGAACUACUAUGUCCAGCCUAUUUGCACACCGUCCAGGAGCCAGUUUAUUACAGGAAAGUAUCAGAUCCACACAGGACUCCAGCAUUCUAUCAUCAGACCUACCCAACCCAACUGUCUACCUCUAGACAACGCAACCCUACCUCAAAAGCUGAAGGAGGUCGGCUAUUCAACUCAUAUGGUUGGGAAAUGGCACUUGGGGUUUUACAGGAAAGAAUGUAUGCCCACUAAGAGAGGAUUUGAUACCUUCUUUGGCUCCCUUUUGGGAAGUGGAGAUUAUUAUACACACUACAAAUGUGACAGUCCCGGGAUGUGUGGCUAUGACUUAUAUGAAAAUGAUAAUGCUGCUUGGGACUAUGACAAUGGCAUAUAUUCAACACAGAUGUAUACUCAGAGAGUGCAGCAAAUCCUAGCUUCCCAUGACCCCGCCAAACCUAUAUUUUUAUACAUUGCUUACCAAGCUGUGCACUCACCCCUGCAAGCCCCUGGCAGGUACUUUGAACACUACCGAUCCAUCAUCAACAUAAACAGGAGGAGGUACGCAGCUAUGCUCUCCUGCUUGGAUGAAGCAAUCCACAACGUGACCCUGGCUCUAAAGCAGUAUGGUUUCUAUAACAACAGCAUUAUCAUAUACUCCUCCGAUAACGGUGGACAGCCCACAGCAGGAGGAAGUAACUGGCCUCUCAGAGGUAGCAAAGGAACAUAUUGGGAAGGGGGCAUCCGGGCAGUUGGCUUUGUGCACAGUCCACUUCUGAAAAACAAGGGAACGGUGUGUAAGGAACUUGUGCACAUCACAGAUUGGUACCCAACCCUGAUUUCACUGGCGGAAGGGCAGAUUGAUGAAGACAUUCAGCUAGAUGGAUACGAUAUCUGGGAGACGAUAAGUGAAGGUCUUCGUUCACCCCGAGUGGAUAUUUUGCACAACAUUGACCCCAUUUACACCAAGGCGAAAAAUGGCUCCUGGGCAGCUGGCUAUGGAAUCUGGAACACGGCAAUCCAGUCAGCCAUCCGGGUGCAGCACUGGAAGCUGCUCACAGGAAAUCCUGGCUACAGUGACUGGGUCCCCCCUCAGGCUUUCAGCAAUCUGGGCCCAAACCGAUGGCACAACGAGAGGAUUACCUUGUCAACUGGCAAAAGUAUCUGGCUUUUCAACAUCACCGCUGAUCCAUACGAGAGGGUGGACCUAUCGAGCCGGUAUCCUGGCAUCGUGAAGAAGCUGCUGCGGAGGCUGUCACAGUUCAACAAGACGGCAGUGCCAGUCAGGUAUCCCCCGAAGGAUCCCAGAAGCAACCCUCGACUCAACGGAGGAGUCUGGGGCCCGUGGUAUAAAGAGGAAAAUAAGAAAAAGAAAACAAAUAAAACCAAGGCUGAGAGAAAGCAAAAGAAAAGCAAAGCGAGGACGAGAAAACAACCGGCAGCACACUCUUCAACAAAAUGCCACCCAAGUGUUACUGCCGGCUGA